AUUUGAGUCAAAAAAUAUUUUUGUCAGUUUGCCACACAAAAAAUCACAUUGCGCAUUGACAUUUUCAUUUGUGAACAUUUCAAAAAUUAAACUAAUAUUUAAUUUUAAUAUCAAAAUCACAAAUCUGAGCAACAAAAACUAAUUUCACAGGAUAUAAGAUACAAACCUUACUCAAAUAGAAAAAGCAGCAGCUAAAAUGAAUGGAUUCCAAACGUUUAUUGGUGUCGAGGACUUCAAGACAGUUGAGAUACUGCGUAAUCUAUUUGGAGAAUUUCUGGGCACAUUUCUUUAUGUUUUUGUUGGCGUUAUGAGUACAGUAUCACUAUCGAAGAGUCUUAUAACUUCAGUUAUACCUGUCGCCUUCGCCUUUGGUCUUUCGUUAUCAACUGUAUUACAUGUGGUUCAAAGAGCAAGUGGCGCACAUCUGAAUCCGGCUAUUAGCAUAAGUUGUUUGGUCGUAGGUGAAAUAAAAUUUCUAAAAUGUUUAUGCUAUAUACUUGUACAAUGUUGCGGUGCCUCUUCUGGGGCUCUUUCGGUGGUUAUCAUUGCGUCGAGACAAUCACUUGAUGAAGAGGACGGUGUCUCACAUCCAUUAUUUGUCGGCGUGUGGGCUGCACUUGUUGUGGAGAUAUGUAUAACAUUUCUGAUGGUCAUCGUGUUUAAAGCUAUGAAUGACCCAACUCGUAAUGAUUUGAAUUUAUCCGGUCCACUGGUUGUUGGUCUAUCGGUAGCUUCGGGCCAUUUGGUGGGCUACUUGCUAUCGUCGUCGAGCAUGAAUCCUGCACGUUCUUUCGGACCGGCGCUUGUGAAUCUUGAUUUCAAAUAUCAUUGGAUUUAUUGGAUCGGGCCAAUACUAGGAGGCGUAUUAGGAGCAAUUUAUUAUGCUUUUGGUAUGCAGGAUCGUGAAGCGCUCAAACGUUAUUAUUCCAGGCGAAAUGUCAGCAGAAAAAGUUCAAUACGAUCAAUUACUUGAGCCGCUCAAAACUAAAACGUUAAAGGUUGAAAAAUGUCUAUCUGUCAAUAAAAUUCAUGUUUUGGCAGAAAUUAGAUAAUAUUGAUGUGGCCAAUAAGUUCUUUGAUUAAAAUAGCAAGUGAAAAACUUGAA